CCGAGCUGCAUCAUAUACCUAACAUGGCAUCAAAACUUCAUCAAAAAGCUUUUUCUCAGUGUGAGAAGAUGUUUGUGGUGCUGGGCAGCCCUUUGGGAAGAAUUGAGAUAUUUGGAUGCAAGCUGGGGGUCCAUGAAAUCCACCUGGAGGAAAAUGCUGUGCUACAAAAUGGCACUGUGGAUGCCUCUGUGUCAUGUGAAGUAUGUGAAUCCUCAGAGGAAACAGCACAGCCACUGAAACAGUGUGUGGCUUGGUUUCAGGCCUAUUUCUGUGAACCCUGGAUGAUAGAGAAGCUUCCAGUGCCCCCUUUUCACCACCCGCUGCUGGAGAACGCUUCAUUCACCAGAGAAGUGUUGUGGACCCUGUUGAGAGAUGUGAAAUUUGGAGAGGCAGUUUCUUACAAGCAAUUAGCGAACCUGGCAGGCAACAGCAAGGCAGCCAGAGCUGUGGGAGGAGCAAUGAGAAGCAAUCCUGUCCCUAUUAUAAUACCGUGCCACAGAGUGAUUUGCAGCAGUGGACAGACUGGCAACUACACAGGAGGAAGUCAUCUGAAAGAGUGGCUUUUGUCACAUGAGAAGCUUCAGAAGGAAAAGUUAGCAUAUUGAUGCAGUUCAGGCACAGCUGUUAUUCAGCCAAAACACAUAACCAAAGAUACUUGGCUUAUAACAAGCUUUCAGAACACACAGUAGAAUUCAGGAAAAUGGUAAAUAUUUGAGUGACAUAUAAAUAUAAUACAACAUCCGAAGCGAAAUGUGUGGUGGCACUACUAUAUUAAAAAAGCUGAAUGUGUCCUAAGGGAUACAGCUUGUAUGCCCUUUCUUGUUUUUACAUUUUACAGCAGAAUGAGUACAGCGGACUGUGCCUGUUGUGCAUGUAUUUUGUUCCCAUCUCUAGUGCUGUUUUGUUCUAUUUUUAAUGUCCAUUAAAGCAAGGAUAAGGGAGUGGGAGGGGCAUGGCAAAUGUUAGAUGCAACUGCCCCUCUAAGGAAGCAUCUGGCUCGCAGAGGGGACAGCCGGGAAUCCACAGCCUUCGCGUGUAUUCGGAGAGCCAAAUUAAAUGCAUAAGCUUCAACACACACCUCCCCCUGUUCCUGCCUGGAUUUGUAUUUGUCCAAAUUGAAAAGCUUGUACCUCUGCCAGGCUUGGUGCCCAAGAUUCUCCUGUUUUCUUUGAUGUUUGAACUGUUGAAAUGAUGUUUUACGUAAACAGUUGUUAAUGAAACGCACUGAAAACCCAUUCAAAAGGAAACGGCUAUUGAAUUGCCUAUUCACAGCUUUUCUUUUCAGAUCAUUGUAGAUGGCUUAAAAAGAUAUGAAUAAAAAUAUUUUGUCUCCAUUA